UCUCUCAAUCGGCAUGGAAAUGGCACCUCACUUUUUCUUAUUCUGUCUCCACAAAAUGCUUAUCUUCCUAAUUCCCACUUCAUUUUUGUUGUCGUUAGGAAUCAUUACCACCGAGAAUCUCGAAAAAAGAAAGGUUUUGCUUCAAACAUUUAAUUAAAUUGUUUUUCUUUUAAAUAAUUUGUCUUCAAUAAUUUACCCAAUAAUUAGAAAUCCGUCACCCUCACUUUUGCUAGGCUUUGCUUGGACAUUGUUCAACAAAAUUCCAGAACACCAACUGUUAAGUACAAAUAAUCACCCUUGCCUUUCCCUAACAUGGUGAUGAGAUUCCUUGCUUUUUUCCUACUCAUUUCAGGCAUUCAUGCCAUAUCAAUUUCAGAGUUCAACAUGGAAUUCAGUUCAGAAGGUAAAGGCCUAAUCCAGAGCAAUGGACAAGCACAACAACUUGGGAAAUUGUUAUAUGGAAGCAUGGAAGAGGCAACAAAUCUGAAAGACAAAGCUGAUGAAAUUGAAAAUGGGUACAAAGAAGAAGUACUCAGUACUACAAGAACAUCACACGGUGGAAGUUCAGGUGGGGGAGGAAAGAAAGGGAAGACAGGAACUGCGGGCAGUUCAGAUGUUAAUCGCCGGCCACGUCAGAAUUCUGCGCCCUCAAAGCCUCGUUUUUGGAUCUCAACUUUUAAUCUAUGCGUAAGCUUGGCUUUAGUCACAUUAUUUCCUUUCCACUGGUUCUGAUGUAAUCCACGCAGAAAAGAAUGGCUACUACCACACGGUUGCUGUUUUUUAUUGCUGCUAUAUGAUGCCUACUUUCUUUUUCAAUACAUAUCUUGGUCUUUGUUUGCAGAUAUGUUUGUGUCGUCCAUUUGAAUUCUCCUAGGUUGUCAUCCAUUACAUCAAUGAAUACGAAUGUAAUAUGAAUGAAUUUGAUAUUUUAAUCUGUCAGAUAGUUUAGAAGGGGUAAUGGAAACUGUAUGGUGAUAAAGAUUUGA